ACACACACAGACAGUACCGGUCACGUGACAUAUUUAAAGAGCUGCAAAACAAACGUCAACAAGAGGACGGGUUUUGGGGGCUUCUACAUCUCCUCUGCAUCAACUGUACGCACGUCGCCGCUCAACAUGAACAAGAAACUGUGCGGGACAAACUACCCGACUAGCAUCUGCUUCAUCGUCGUUAACGAGUUCUGCGAACGUUUCUCCUACUAUGGCAUGAAAGCGGUGUUGACGUUGUACUUCCUGACGUACUUGGGCUGGGACCACGACCUUUCCACGGCCGUGUACCACGCCUUCAGCAGCCUGUGCUACUUCACGCCCGUCCUCGGGGCCAUCAUCGCUGACACCUGGCUCGGGAAGUUCAAGACCAUCAUCUACCUGUCGUUUGUCUACGUGUUGGGUCAUGUGAUCAAGUCGGUUGGCGCUGUUCCCACGGUGGGAAGCAACAGCGUGCACAUGUAUGGAUGCCCGUCGACCAUAGACAGCUCGAGCCGAUCGCCGUUGAUUGACAGGCUCUGUGUAUGUGUGCGUUCUAGCGCUCUGUCCAUGACAGGUCUGAUUUUGAUCGCCUUUGGAACGGGCGGAAUCAAGCCGUGCGUGGCCGCCUUCGGGGGCGACCAAUUCGAGAACCAGCAUGCCAACGAAAGGAUGAAAUUCUUCUCGAUUUUCUACAUGGCAAUCAACGCUGGCAGCCUCCUGUCCACCAUCAUCACGCCCAUCCUCAGAGGAGACGUGCAGUGCUUUGGCGGCGACUGCUACGCUUUGGCCUUCGGCGUGCCCGCCGCUCUCAUGAUGGUGGCGUUGGUUGUGUUCAUGUCGGGCAGCAGCCUCUACAGGUGCAAUCCCCCACAGGGCAACAUCUUGAUGGAGGUCUGCAACUGCGUCGGGUUUGCCAUCAAGAACCGCUGGAGGAGAUCCAAGUACGAGUCGAGCAGGAGGCACUGGCUGGACUGGGCCGAUGAUAAGUACUCGAAGCGUCUGAUUGUGGAGAUCAAAAUGGUUCUGCGGGUUCUGGUGCUCUACAUCCCUCUUCCGAUGUUCUGGGCUCUGUUCGAUCAGCAGGGUUCCCGCUGGACGCUGCAGGCCACCCGGAUGAACAUGGCCUUUGGAGACGCCUUCUCCAUCAAACCCGAUCAAAUGCAGACGUUGAACGCGCUGCUGAUUCUGGUGUUUGUUCCCGUGUUCGACCUCCUCAUAUACCCGCUGGUCGCCCUCUGCGGGAUCAACAUCACGCCGCUGAGGAAAAUGGCCGCCGGGAUGAUUUUUGCCGCGUUGGCAUUUGGUGCCGCCGCCCUGGUGGAGGUCCACGUGGUGAAAACGGAGGUGGCGCCAGCGCCGGCGGGCAAGUGUCUGCUGCAGGUCUUCAACCUGGCACCAGGGGACGUCCGUCUCCAUUUCCCUCAAGGCGACCCUUUUCCAGAGCCGCUCUCAUACCUCCAGGAUCCUCCUGAGUACCAGACGCUGCCACUGGGGGCGCCCCGCAUCAACAUGACCUUAGCGGUCCACCACGAGGGGGCCUCCGCUAACUGCAACGUCACCUUUGGCCAGCAGAAGGCGUACAGCCUCAUCCUGCACCCUGCUGACGCUGGAAUACGCUGCAGACUGGUGGAAGACCACAUCAAGAAAAACGACGAAGGUGCGCCUCUUCUCAGGUUCGUCAACACGCUGUCGGAGGCGGCCAACGUCACCGUGGGAGACGAGACGUUCCACGCCGGCGCCCGCUACGGCGUCUCCGCCAACAAGACCGUCCAGAGGGGCGAGUAUAAUAAAGCGAGCUGCAGAUUUGAGUCAAAGACUUGCCCAGACCUGGACCUCGGUCUCCUGGACUUCGGUGCCUCCUACACCGUGAUCCUUCUGCAGGAGUCUGGGAGGAUGACGACGCACAAGAUGGAGGACGUCCACGCCAACAACGUGCACGUGGUCUGGCAGAUCCCGCAGUACGUCCUCAUCACGGCGGGCGAGGUCAUGUUCUCCAUUACGGGCCUGGAGUUCUCCUACUCGCAGGCCCCCGUCAACAUGAAGUCGGUCCUUCAGGCCGGGUGGCUGCUCACCGUCGCCUUCGGGAACGUCAUCGUCUUGAUCGUGGCGGAGGGCGCGGGGCUCGAGCAGUGGAAGGAGUUCCUGCUGUUCUCGGGUCUGCUGCUGGCCGUGUUCAUGGCGUUCUCGCUCAUGGCUCACUUGUACACGUACGUGGACCCGAAGCAACUGGACAAGAGCUACGCCAGCGACCACAACGACCAACGCGGUGCCCAUGACGACGACGACAGCAACGACACGCUCAACAAGAACAAACAAGAAGCGGAGCUCAACACCAGACUUUAACCGCAACCGCCUUCACGAUUUGAAUGAAUUAUGAGCAAAGAAAUGGGAACAUUUUAUGUGGUGCUUUUCCCCAGAUGCUAAUUGUUAGCAUGAAAGGCUAAUUGUAGAUUUUACACACAUUUUUAACUUUUUUGUUUUUCAGACUUCUGUGUAGCACACUGCCAUCAUCCCCCCAAAAUUACAACUACAGUACCGUGAAAAAGUAUUGGGCCCCUUCUCAAAUUCGUAUAUUUUCGCAUAGUUUCCGCACUUAUGUUUAAGAUUACCACACAAAUGUAAAUACUUUUUCAUGGCACUGUAUUCUAAUGGGCGGCACGGUGCCCGACUGUGAUGUCUAAAGUAAACUUGAGUGUAGCUGAGGCUCACUGAUGAUUUAA